AUACGCAUGCGCCAAACCUUCAUGACGUGUUGACGUCAUAUCGCAGCGUAAACAGCCGUUGGGACAUUUAAAGAGCUCUGCUGCGAAGCCUUCUUAUAGUGCAGGGAAGCUCCCUGUCUUUGGAGGAAGAUCUCUCUCUCUCCUGGUUCCUCCGGACCUGAGCGUUGGUUCUGGUUCUGCUGCAGGACUGGUGGUCCACCCUGUUGUAGUAUUAUGCAGCAUGAGUCUGCGGGGCCCUCGCCAGUGUUUCUGCUCUGUGAACGCAGAGCCGGCCUGACGUCCCUUAACGCUCGCGGCUCUCAGAACUUUGCAGAGACUCUUCCCACGGAGAUGAGCGUGAGGAUCUUCAGAGAGCUGGACGCAGAAAGCCUGUGCAGAGCCUCCAGGACGUGCAAACUGUGGCGCUCCAUCAUCGAUGACAGCGAGCAGCUGUGGCGGCAGCAGUGCAUGCUGGUCCGGGCCGUCUGUCGCCGGGAGGUGGACAGCGACCGCAGAGACGGCCUCUCCUGGAAGGUGACCCUGCUGAGGAACUACAGCCGCAGCCGGGUGAAGGCGGCCUGGCUAGCCGGCCGCUACAGCGGCGUGCGCUCUGCAGACGAGCUGUUGGGCAGCAAGAUGGCGCCGCUGGACGCAGAGACCUGGGGGGAGAUCCUGCAGGCGGAGCUCGACAGAUGAAGAAGAGGAUGAUGAGGCACUUCUCCCUGAUUUUGACUCCAACAUUAAUUUUUUCUGAGUUCACUUUAAUGCAACACAGAUAACUGUAUAUAUAUAUAUUUAAUGUUUUUUUUAAAGAAAUCUGAUCAUGGUGGAUGAAUUUGGUGUAAAUAUAUGUGAGCAGGAAGUUCUGUUUACGGUCCACUUCCUGUUUCCUGUCUGAGAUGUGAACGAUGUCAGUGGGCCAGCAGAACCAGCUGAUCCGGGUCUUAGGUGGCGCCGGCGCCUCGGGACGCCCCCUGGCGGCCGGUUUGGACAUGGCAGCAUCAUGUCUGAUCCUGCUGGUCUCACCAGAAGGUUCUGGAGGGAUGAAACUGAUCCUCAUUUCAAACAGCAGCUGGUAUAAAACUCACUGAGCUGAGAGUCAGGACAGGUUACAGAGAAAACCUGGCUGGGUCCAGAUCUCCACCGGUUCCUCAGGCAGCAGCGGCGCUCAGGUUCAACAGCAUUCAGCCUCUGGAUCACACUGUACAGUCAUGAUUUAAAAACAUAAGACAUCAAAAAUCUGAGUAAUUUGA